CUGGCAUUCGGAAAAAACACGAAUACCCGGCACGGCUCGAGGAUAUCAUGGAGCUAAAGCAUAGAUGGGAACAUCUUGAUAGUCUGACCUUAGGGAACACCACGUGCGAACGUCACGACCUGAUGUCCAUUGCUCAGGAGGCACAAGAGCACCCUCAAAGAGUUAUGCCUCCGAGACAUGAAGCUGAGGAGUACGUCAUGGCAGGUGCUUCUCUGAAAGAUCCGGGGGACGAUGGACCUCGACAGUGCUUGUAUUUGCGGCGAGCUGUACGGCAAGGAGGAAGACUCACCGCGCCAGGAAUAUUGGGAUCUUUCGCUACCGAUAACUGGAGCUGUCCGGUUUAUAAUCCGGCUUAUAUCGUUAUGAGAUCCCAAAGGACAUAA